GAAAGCUGCCUUAUCUAAUGAGUGGAUUGCAUUUGGGUUUGGCAGCAGGCAGAGAGACAGGCAGAAGGUGGCUUCUCAAGGAAGAGAGCAAAAUGGAUGGAGGCAGUCCGCAGCUGGCAUGGAUGUCGGGAGAAGCUGAUUCUUCACCCUAAAUAUAUCUUCAACUCUUGCGCUUCUUUCGCCAACUCCCUCUCCCUCUCCCUCUCUCUUUCUCUCUCUAUAUCAUCCAACAGGUCAUCUUUCUCUUUUCAUGUACUUUUUAACUUAAUCAAGAAUGAAGGGAUACUUGUUUGCGUCCUCAUUUCAUUGCCUUGCCUAGACAUUGUACAUUUAUUUAUCUAUUUAUUUUAUCUUAGUAUUAGUUAGGAGGCCAAACUGAUUACAAAGAGAAAAGAGAGAGAGAGAGAGAGAGAGAGAGAGAGAGAGAGAGAGAGAGAGAGAGAGAGAGAUCAAAUCUACGUUGGAGCAGAAUGUUGGUAGAUAAAAGGAGGAAGAAGGGAAGGGUUGGGAUGGAGGGAUUGGAAGGGCUGAUACAGAGGUUGCUGGAAGGAAGGAAUAAUAGAGGGAAACGCAUCCAGCUGACUGAACCUGAAAUCCACCAACUCUGUGUCACCGCCAAGCAAGUCUUUCUUGCUCAACCUGUUCUUCUUGCAUUAGAAGCUCCCAUCAACAUCUGUGGUGAUAUACACGGCCAAUAUCCAGAUCUCUUGCGAUUGUUUGAGUAUGGCGGGUUUCCACCAGAUUCCAAUUAUCUAUUCCUUGGAGACUACGUAGAUAGAGGAAAACAAAGUAUAGAGACAAUAUGCCUUCUCCUUGCUUACAAGAUCAAGUUCCCUGACAAUUUUUUCCUUCUUCGAGGGAACCAUGAAUGUGCUUCUAUCAACAGAAUAUAUGGAUUCUAUGAUGAGUGCAAGCGUCGUUUCAGUGUCCGUCUAUGGAAAACUUUCACGGACUGCUUCAAUUGUUUACCGGUGGCUGCAGUGGUCGAUGACAAAAUCCUAUGCAUGCAUGGUGGACUCUCACCGGAAAUGGAUAGCUUGGAUCAGAUCAGAGCUAUAGAGAGGCCAGCAGACGUGCCAGACCAGGGCCUCUUGUGUGACCUCCUUUGGUCUGAUCCUGAUAGAGACACCAAGGGUUGGGGUGAUAAUGAUAGGGGUGUCUCCUAUACCUUCGGAGCUGAUAGGGUCACCGAGUUCUUAAAGAAACAUGAUCUCGAUCUCGUAUGCCGAGCUCACCAGGUAGUCGAGGAUGGCUAUGAAUUCUUCGCAGACAGACAGCUGGUCACCAUAUUCUCAGCACCGAACUACUGUGGAGAGUUCAACAAUGCAGGUGCCCUUAUGUGUGUUGAUGCUAGUUUGCUCUGCUCAUUUCAGAUUCUCAAGCCAUGGAGGGGGAGAGAAGGGCAUCCUGAAUAGUUCGCAAGUGAAGGGAGAAAAACGUUGGAUGCCCAGCAAAGGAAAGACGUCUACCAUCCACUACAAACAAUAUUCUAUCUAGUACUCUGCUGCUUCUUCUCAUGUACAAAUUCUGCUUCAAAAAAAGAAAAGAAAAAAAGAGGGAGAUGCUUGCCCACAUUUUGCAUUGCAAUACUAGCUGCGAUAUAAACAAAACAUGAAAGCGUAUGCAUGCAGCAACAAGUGUAACUAAAUCUAGCAAACUUCACUCCUCAGGAAACCUCUAGUCUAGUUACUGCUGUAUUCACAACCAACCAAAGACUUUCUUGCAAGGCAUUAUAAGCUUCUCUGAAAACCUUAA